CUGCUGCCUCUGUCAGCAAUUCUCGUAUUUGACCUCCUCUUCCCCUCCCUCAUUUGCGACAACAAACAAGUCUACUCUACUUCAUCCUCUACACAGUCGCAUGUGCAUGUUGUGUCCUCUCGCUUCCUAUAGUAUCAUCGAAAUGCUUCUUUGACCUUGAGAAUUGGCGCGUCUCGACCAAUUCAAGUUCGCUGCCCUUCGUUUCAUCGUACAUCAACAGCAAACGCAUCCCACCAGAUUCAUCCGUGAUAACCGGCUGUCUCAUUUUCCAAUUGACCCAAUGGCGAUAAACAUCUUUUACGGCAGACAACGCCGCUUCGUGUCUCGUCGUUUGACCUAUCUCGUUCUCGUUCUCAUUGUCUUCGCCUAUUCAACCUUGACCCUACUGUCUCCAAAUGCCGCCCAAACCGAUGUUGCCGAAGAUGCCGCAAAAGCAGACGCUUCUAGCAAGAUCAAGACUUCUGUCGAUGGCAUCCGUCACUCGCUCAAGAAAGGCGUGACAGAGCUGAAUCCGUUUCGUGGCCCUGCCCAUCCACCACCGACUCGAGCACAAGAUUCAUACCAAGGUACUUCUUGGUGGGCUGAUUGGAAGUGGUUAUCUGUGCCAUUCUCCAGCUCGCUUACCCUUGACGAGGAUAGAGCACUGCUUCCCCCGCUCCAGGAUCGCCCAUUCAUUUAUUGCUACUACGAUGCAACGGUUAAGAAAUCGAGGGAAGAAAAAGAUGCCGACAGCGAUCUUCUUCUAACGUGGCGUCGCGCUUGGUGGGCUCAAGGUUUCCGACCAACCAUUUUGGGAUCGUCUGAGGCGACUGGAAAUCCGAUGUACCAGGAACUUCAACGGCUUGAGGUUCAGCCCGAACUAAAAGCCGACCUCAUGAGAUGGCUCGCUUGGCAAUCUAUGGGAACUGGCAUGCUGGUGGAUUAUACACUGCUUCCAAUUGCGCACACUGAGGAUCCUCUCUUGGUUUUCCUCCGAAGGGGAAAAUAUCCUGCCAUGACCAGGUGGAAAGGUCUCGAAAGUGCACUCUUUGUAGGUCCCAAGGAAGAAGUCACAAAGACGAUCCGGAGAGUGAUGGACUCGCCCACACUGAAAGCUGCUAAAAGUGUUAUUGAUGCAUCAACAAAGAAUGACUUCAAGGUCGACAAAGCACAAACUGCACUGGUGCAUUAUAGCCCAGAGAUCAUCAAAAAGCAAUACCCCAAGGUCCAUGACAGUAUCACUAAUGGAAGGGCAAGAGGAUUAGGAGCUCUCAAUCGGCUUAUCAACGCCCAUCUUCACGCUGUAUGGCAGAGUAGCUUCCCCGAGGGUAUCGAGGUCCUCAAGCCCUUUCCUGAGCACACUACCGAAAUGGUCACCCCGGCCUUGAAGCUUGCCGACUCCCUAGCCUUCUGCCCAGACAACCCCAUCCCGUCAUCAUGCCCUCCUGGCAUUUCAAGCUGCGCACACUGUGCCGCUGGCACCACAUCUAUGAAGGUCACUACUCCUGAGCAGUAUCAGAAUACGAGCGGUGCGUUUGCAAUUGGGACAGUCCCUCAUCCUUGGACACUUGCGACUUUGACAAGCCUCAAGGAGAGGGUGGACGUUAGUUGGAUCCGGAAAGAGGCACCUCGAGACCCUUGGCUUGAGACUAUCACAAAAGGACUCUUGGGCUCCAAGGUCUCCAGCAAUUCCCGAAUCAUGCACUUCAAACAGGCUGUGGCCGAUGAACACGCCCCGACUCAUGCACUGUGGCUGUCGGCUGAAGCUGAUAUUCCCCCAGAUCUGGAGUGGUACUUUGGAUUCCGCAUUCCCAAGGGCUUGGGAGAGACAUAUAUGGCUAUGAGCGGCAAAAUUGAGCAAGGGCCCAUGCCAGGAAAGGUCAAGGCUGAUAAACCAGCAAAGGCGGAGCGUGCCGCGAAGGCUGAUGGCGACACAAGGCCUGAAAAGCCUCAACCUCGACCAGAGGAUACGCCGAAGGGGAAAGAACUCACACCAAAAGAAAUGCAGGCCAAAGAAAAGGCCCUUCUGGAGCACGCCAAGAAGAUUGUUGCCUUCAAGAAAUCGACCGUUGACACUCGACUACGGGCAUCGCUCGAAGCUUGGAACUUGGCAGACACAGAAGCCUGGAAGUUCGCGCGCGCUUUCCUUGCACGUCGCAGCAUGGAACGGAUUGAGUGGGAGAAGCAAGAAUCCAAGUAUAGCGGCGGUGCUGGCUCUGAAAAGGGACGUAAUGCUUGGAGUCGUUGGAAGGAUUCGAAAGAGCGAGAGUGAAGGAUGGCCAUCCUCGCAAUUCGACACCACACAACUUCUCGACAACAUUUUUGGUUUGCGGCGACUGGUCCUGGGCGUUUUUGGGCGUAUAUAUAAUGGGAUUAUGAUAAUGACAAUUGAGCAGUGGUGUCUUGACGGGAUACUGAAUAGGGAGGCUUGUCGUUUGACUGGAGUGGAGAUGACCAGAGACUUCGGCAGAUUAGGAGAGUCACUCAUGAAUUCAAUAACGAAGCUUUCACCGUCGCCGCGAAACGAGACUCAGCACGUCAAUCAUAAAACGAAUGUGUUUGUGAACUAACUACCUACAUAUCUGAUACCAGUGGGUUCUUCAACAGCAGCAACAUCUUCCAGUCGCCGCCAUCAAAAGCCCUGGCCUCUAAGCGCGGACAGUAUCACCACCCAUCUCACCGCUCAGCUCACGAGAGGUCGGGCCGCGAUGCUCCAACACAGCUGCCUUUCCAAGAGUUCCGUUGGUGUACUUGGAAGGAAAAGUACCAUUUCCGUUCUGAGCGUGCGCGUUGCUCGCGUAAGAACGAAGAGCAAGACGAGCCGAUUCAAGGACUUUCUCGGCGUGGACAACGGCGUCGCGGAGGGCGUUGGCAGUGGGAUCCUCGGAGCGGGCGAGCUGCUCGGCGCGGAGCUGGAUGAUGUGACCGUUGAGCCAGAUACCGUCGAGCUGGGCUUGGGUCAUGUCGCGCGCACCAGAGAUGCGGCCGCGGCAAGAAGGGGUGCCGCAGAGGCAGUCGAAGGGCUGGGCCAUGUGCCAUUCGGUGGAGGGAUAGAAGAACUAGACGUCUCAUGAGUUAUUGGGCAUGAGAUUUGAGGGGUGAGAAUAACGAACUGUUCGCAAGAAUGGUUAAUGUACAGCAAGUCACUGUUCAAGUUGAGAUGAGUGUCGCGGCCGGUCUGAACGGUAGCGUAGGUCGGUUCGCUGGCGGGCGUGCAGGGAGGGAAAUCGAACUUUGCAAAGACAGCAAACGGUGGGAGGGAAACGCGCGAGAUGCUCUUGGUGGUGAAUUCCUCGGGGUUCACGAUGACGACUUCUUGGAUGGCGGGGUGAGAGGGCUGGUGCCAGUGGGGAGUGAGAGGAGCCAUUGUUGAUGGUUUGGUAGCGGGUAAGGCUUGAAUAUGAGUUCGAUCUCUGAAGGUAUGAGUUAGAAUGAGAAUUGAAGGAUAUUUUUGACAGGACUUACAAUCGAAGUUAUAUGAUGUCGUUUUAGGACGGUGUCAGAGAUCGGCAGCGUUGGUGAGACCUCGGUCUAAGUGGAGCUAUAGCUUCUGAAAGAUGAAUUUCGAUCAAUUGAAUACAAAGGUACAAACGAGAACGAGAGCACGAGGAAAUACAAGCAUUCUUAUUUAGUUUCUCAAUAAUCUGCCCACAGCUAAUACGCCCGCAUACGUACA